ACAUACACUUCACCGCCAUUGACCUACUUAACUACAUACACGUCCUUGUUUACUCGCGUCUUUUUACUCUACCAAUAGGCCGCCUAUAUAGUAUGAUAAGAUUUUGAACGAGGAACCUGGUACAGUCUUCUGUGUCUCGACAUUUCAUCGUGAUGGCUAAUCCUCAAUCGCAAGCCGGUGAAAUCUACAAUAAGAAGAAGCAUUUCGCUAAAGGGUAAGGGCUGAAAUAUUAAUAUACCCUUGUCCCACCGGAUACAAACUACUAUGGGAAAUGCUGUUAGUAAUCUGUUGCGGAAGAAACAUGCCAGUAAAGGAUUAAUAGAUGUCUCUCUCAUGGUAGCAAACGCAGGGCGCAUGGACACUCUUCUCCAAACCACCACACGUGAUGUAAAGUUCUACGUGGUCCUUGUGCUACUUAUUAUCUGUGUGGUACUACAGCUGAUUCUGGCCUGGAUGCUUUGGUUUGAUGCUAUGUACGGCCAUGUUAAGAUCGGCCCGGCUCCUAAUCAGGAAGACUACCGAAAUGACGAAGAAGAGUUCGCAAAGGAAGCAAAACGACACAUAAAAAAAUUGAAAAGGAAAUUGUUGGCAGAAAAACUUUCUAAUGGUUCCGAGCUUGUUCUACUUCUUAUUCUUGUUCUCAACAUUUUCAUCACAGCAUUUGGAGCAAAAGUUGCAUGAUGCGUACACCGUACGUUAUAUAUUGACGUUACAUAUAUCUUUUAAUUCAGUCACUAUGGAAAACAGGUGAAGACUUUCUGGAUGUUCCUUUCAAGUUACCCUGAGCCUUCUUCAUAUAUUCUCGCAGGCAACAUUGCCCACUAGGAGGGACCCGGUGGGGUUGAAGCGGCUCAAGGAAGGCUAACAUGGCAGUCUGUUGCAAUCUAUUAUACACAAUCAACUUUUGAGAACUAUGGUUGUCUUUAUUCAUUAUAUUCUUUUGUUUGUUUGACAGUGUGAUGUGUAUUUCAGCAAUCAAGUUUACCUACAAGUGCAAAAUGUUCUCGUCUCUGUAAGCGUGCAUCAGAUGCAUGAAUAUAGAUCUUGCUAAUAGGACAAUCUCGUUGUAUGAUUCCAUAUCGGUCUAUCAUUAACUGCCAUUUUAAAAUUUGACCUUCCUUAAGAUCU